AUUCCUUAACAUACCGGAUAGUCUCAUCAUCAAGCAAUCAUGGUUGCAUCGCUUUCUUCUGCAAUCGACAAUACUCAAUCCAUUCAAAACAAUCCAACUGUUUUGUCCAAAUUAGAAGAUACAAUCAUGUCAUCAGUCUCUAUUGCUGGCAAGCGUCAGGACAGUAUUGACACUCUAACCAAUUCUUUACAGAAAACUAGCAAGCGAGCCAGACUACUUGAACCUCGCUCUGCAUUCGAACAACAGUUGGAAUUAUUGCAUCAAAACUUGCCUGCAACCGUAACUGAUUAUCGCAAGUCUUGGAAACGUCCUGACUUGCCAUCUAUUCAUCCUUCAACCGACUCUAUUACGUUUCAACAGAUCGAUAUCGACGAAUAUGUUGGUAGAACUCCAGAUUCAAUCAAAAAAAGUCUACCACAAAAUCAUCCAGAAGAAUCAAGUUUGUUGCGAAUGUUUGGUAUAACAGAGGAGGGUCACAGCGUCGUUUGUCACAUUCAUGGCUUUUCGCCUUAUUUUUAUGUUGCUGCACCACACGGAUUUCAAGCUACUCAUAUUCCAGGUCUGAUCGCCGCUUUAGAUAAUGCUGUUUUAAGUGGUCUUCAUCGUCAAAGAUCAAGUGGUGGAAGUGCAGUUCUUGGAAUCACUCUGGCUGAGCGAUCUUCCAUUUUUGGUUAUCAACAGGGCAUGGCUUUAUUUCUUCGCAUUGAUGUUCGAUUGCAAUCCUAUAUUGCUCCUACAAAACGUGCAUUGAAAGACGGUGUUUCUGUUCCAAAUCUAGGAACCGUGCGAAUAGAUCUCACGUUUGAAAGCAAUAUUCCAUAUCCUUUGAGAUUUAUGAUUGAUUUAAGUAUUCAAGGUGCUAGCUGGGUUGAAUUACCAAAAAAAUGCUACAGCAUUCGUCGUCGAGAUGACACAACCUCUAAUUGCCAGAUUGAAGUAGAUAUUGUAGCCCAGCAUAUUGUUUCUUAUCAGCCAGAAGGAGAUUGGUCCAAAAUUGCACCGCUGCGAAUAUUAAGUUUUGAUAUUGAAUGUGCUGGUCGGCGUGGCAUUUUUCCAGAAGCGCAGAUAGAUCCCGUUAUUCAGAUUGCAAACAUGGUUGCGUUGCAAGGCGAUACAAAACCAUUCGUUCGCAAUAUAUUUACUCUCAACACCUGUUCUAGUAUUAUUGGCACUCAUGUCAUGUCGUUUCAAUCUGAAAGUGAAAUGUUGCAAGGGUGGAGCGACUUUAUUCAAGAAGUUGAUCCAGACAUUAUUAUUGGAUACAAUAUUAAUGGAUUUGAUUUCCCAUACCUUCUUGAUCGAGCAGACACACUGGGUUUAGAUAAUUUUGCUUUCCUUGGUCGUGUGACGGCUUCCAAAGCCAAAGCAAAAGAUACUCGGUUUUCAUCCAAAGCAUACGGCACUCGUGAUACCAAAUCCAUUAAUUUGGAAGGUCGUUUACAGCUGGAUUUGCUACAAAUCAUGCAGCGUGACUACAAACUUAGAUCGUAUUCUUUAAAUUCUGUGUCAGCGCAUUUUUUGGGUGAACAAAAAGAGGAUGUUCAUCAUUCUAUUAUUAGUGAUUUACAAAAUGGAAAUGACGAAACUCGACGACGUCUUGCGGUUUACUGCUUGAAAGACGCGUAUCUACCGCUCCGACUUCUUAAUAAACUGAUGUUGGUCAUCAAUUAUAUGGAGAUGGCCCGUGUCACUGGAGUUCCAUUCAACUAUCUUUUGACUCGCGGACAACAGAUUAAAGUAGUGUCUCAGCUGUACCGAAAAGCCAUUAUGGAAGAUCUUUUGAUUCCGGCAUUAGAAGUUGAAGGUUCGGAUGAACAAUAUGAAGGUGCCAUUGUCAUUGAACCUCUCAAGGGAUUUUACCAAGUGCCCAUUGCCACACUUGAUUUUACAUCUCUAUAUCCGUCUAUUAUGAUGGCACACAAUUUGUGUUAUUCUACUUAUAUUGCCAAUUCAGACUUGGCAGCUAAACUCAAUCUGGUGGAAGGUCGAGACUACAAACGAACUCCAAACAAUGAUUUAUUUGCUGUUGCUAGCCUGAGAAAAGGACUUCUUCCAACUAUUUUGGAGGAUUUGCUUUCUGCACGUAAACGAGCCAAGAGUGACUUGAAAAAUGAAACUGAUCCUUUUAAACGAGCUGUUUUAGACGGCCGUCAACUGGCUCUCAAGAUUAGUGCCAACUCUGUGUACGGGUUUACUGGUGCUACUAUUGGAAAACUUCCUUUAUUGGCCAUUUCUUCUAGUGUCACUGCGUAUGGACGAGUCAUGAUUGAGCAAACCAAACAGGCAAGCCAUUUUUUGAUUCGAUAUGCCAUUUUACUGGUGGAAGAAAAAUUUCAAGUUGCGAAUGGAUACAAACACGAUGCGCAGAUCGUGUAUGGAGAUACUGAUUCUGUAAUGGUCAAAUUUGGUGUCGAAUCUGUUGAAGAAUCAAUGGCACUAGGUCGUGAAGCAGCAACCUAUGUCACGAGUCAUUUUGACAAGCCUAUCAAUCUUGAUUUUGAAAAAGUGUAUUAUCCAUAUUUGCUCAUUAACAAAAAGCGAUAUGCUGGACUAUAUUGGACCAAUCCAUCCCAUCAUGAUAAAUUGGAUGCCAAGGGUAUCGAGACGGUUCGUCGUGAUAGCUGUAGUCUGGUUUCAACAGUGAUUGAAACAUCUCUUCGUAAACUUUUGAUUGAUCGUGAUCCCAAAGCAGCAGAAGAGUAUGUCAAACGUGUGAUUUCUGAUCUACUGCAGAAUCGAGUUGAUUUAUCGAAGCUGGUGAUUUCCAAAGCACUUGGAAAGGCUGAAUAUGCUGCUAAACAAGCUCACAACGAAUUGGCUGAACGUAUGCGUAAACGAGAUCCUGGAACUGCCCCUGCACUUGGUGAUCGUGUAUCCUAUGUCAUUAUAAAAGGCUCAAAAGAUGCACCUGCGUAUGAAAAGGCAGAGGAUCCUAUAUACGUGCUGGAACAUAACCUUCCUAUCGAUACCAAAUAUUAUUUGGAAAACCAGCUAUCAAAGCCCUUGCUGCGUAUAUUUGAGCCUGUAUUGGGUGAAAAAGCGUCAUCACUUUUAGCUGGUGAUCACACGAGAUCCAUAUCUGUAGCAGCACCUUCGUCUGGUGGGAUCAUGCGAUUUACAGUACGAACAGCAACCUGUUUAGGAUGCAAAGUUCCAUUAAAACGAAACGAUAUUGCCGUGUGUGAUAAUUGCAAAACCAAACUUCCAAUGCUGCAUAAGCGUCAAGUUGAUAUUGUCAACGAGUUGGAAGUAAAAUUUUCUCGAUUUUGGACCCAGUGUCAGCGCUGUCAAGGCAGUUUGCAUCAAGAUGUGAUUUGCACAUCGCAAGACUGUCCUAUUUUUUACAUGAGAAAAAAAGUACAAAAAGAUAUGAAGGAAGCUACUGCUCAACUUGAUCGGUUUGACUAUUCGUGGUGAUUGGCAUAUCAAGUAUCAAAAUAAUAAACUUGAUUUUAUUUUC